AUGGCUUCUCAUCAAACCCUUGAAACGCCUGCUGAACACAAGCUUCCUGUAACUGAUCAUGAAAACUACAAGACAAGGACUGAACAAGUGCAGAGAGCUCAGUGGCUUAGAGCUGCCAUCCUUGGAGCAAGUGAUGGAUUGCUAUCAACUACGUCGCUAAUGCUUGGUGUUGGCGCAGUGAAGGAAGAUCGUUGGUCGAUGAUCCUAUCGGGCAUAGCUGGAGCUAUUGCAGGAGCCUGUAGCAUGGCUGUGGGAGAGUUUGUUUCAGUAUCAACACAAAGAGAUAUUGAAAAGACCUCUCUAAGACAACAAAGCGGUUUAAAUACUGAGUUGGGUAAGAAAGAUAUCAACGGUAAGGUCAAGCUAGACAUCCCUGAAAGAUCAAACUUGACCAUUUCAAUUGAACUGACUCCUUCAAGAACAAUCUCAUGUGGAAAAUCAACGUGUGAUCAUCCACCAGAGAAAAUAUUACCAACUAUUGAGAUCAUAGAAAAUGAUGGAGGGAAAGAGUCAUUGCCAAGUCCACAAAAGGCAGCAUCUGCAUCAGCUUUGGCAUUUCUGUGUGGCUCACUUUUGCCUUUAAUCUCAGCCAUAUUUAUUGCUCAUAGUACUGUGAGAAUGGUGGUGGUUGUGGUGGUGGCUUCAAUAGCUCUGGCUCUCUUCGGCAGUAUGGGAGCUCGUUUCGGUGGCUCACCGGCCAUGCCGUCUGCAGUUAGAGUUUUAAUUGGAGGGUGGAUUGCCAUGGCAAUAACUUAUAGCUUGCUCAUGCCAUUUGAAAAAGAAAAUCGUAAUGAAAAGGACUGA